GUUUCUCCCCAUCUACCCGCUCUGAUGCGGUCAAGGUCCAGAGAACUGAGUAGUUGGCAAGCGGACGACCAACAGCAGACAACACGUUCACUCGGCUCUCUCUGGAGCUGUACUGCCCCACUGAGAGGAUGAAGGUCUCCAAGGCUGCCCUGUCUCUCCUCGUCCUCAUCCUCAUCAUUACUUCUGCUUCUUGCAGCCAGCCAAAAGUUCCUGAGGGGGUGAACAUCCCACCCACCUGCUGCCUGAAGUAUAAUGAGAAAGUGUUGCCAAGGAGACUGGUGAUUGCUUACAGAAAAGCCCUCAACUGUUACCUGCCAGCAAUCAUCUUCGUCACCAAAAAGAACCGAGAAGUCUGCAGCAACCCCAAUGAUGACUGGGUCCAAGAGUACAUCAAGGAUCCCAACCUGCCUUUGCUGCCCUCCAGGAACUUGGCCACGGCUAAAAAUACAGCAAAGAACAGCCAGCCCAAGCUCCUCAACUCCCAGGGAUGAGCAGGCCUUAGUGGAAGCCCUUGUUUACGGAAGAGAGGGGUAAACCUAUGAAAACAGGGGCAGCCUUAUUAGGCUGAAACUAGCCAGUCACACUGAGAGAAACAGAAUAAUCAUCAAAAUAAAGAAGUAUCUUGAA